ACGAUGCCAUCCUGUCAUGACAAGAAAAAUAGCAAAAAUUGAAAAAAAGCGUCUUUAUACGCUAAAAGAUAUAUAAAUUUUCCGCUAUCGAGUCUCUUCCUCUCUUGUUUCACAAAAAUCAUCUCAGAAAUUAAAAAAAAUAUAUCAAUUUAAUUUUAUUACUAAAGCGUAAAGAUUCAAGCUUGCAAUCGAAUUCCUCAUUUGAAAUUCUUUGAUGAAACAGGUAUUAGAACUGUAAUAAAGAGGAUAAAAAAAUAUCAUUGUUGAGGAUGGCUUGUAAAGGAUGCCUAGAAUGCUUGUUGAAGCUGUUGAACUUCUUGAUGACUCUUGUUGGUUUGGCAAUGGUUGGAUAUGGGAUCUACUUGUUUGUUGAGUACAAAAGAGCUGCUGAUGUUGCCAUGCUUUUGUCACCUGUGGGCACUGACCAAAUACAGCUCGGUCGGCCCAUGCUCAUGGCCGUGUCUCUUUCGUCUAGUAUUUUCGAUAAUCUUCCAAAAGCAUGGUUUAUAUAUUUGUUUAUUGGAGUAGGUGUGGUUCUCUUUGUUAUAUCUUGUUUCGGUUGUAUUGGAGCUUCGACGCGGAAUUUAUGCUGUUUGAGUUGUUAUUCACUGUUGGUGGUCUUGUUGAUCUUGGUGGAGCUGGGAUGUGCUGCUUUCAUAUUCUUCGACAAAAGCUGGAAAGAAGAACUCCCGACAGAUAAAACAGGAUAUUUUGAUAUGAUAUAUCAAUUUCUGGAAGAAAAUUGGAGUAUUGUCAAAUGGGUAGCUCUUGGAAUUGUUGUCUUAGAGGCUAUUAUUUUCUUGUUAGCCCUUAUGGUUAGGGCCGCCAAUGUACCUGCUGAUUAUGACAGUGAUGAUGAGUUCAUUGCACCAAGGCAACAAAUCAGACAGCCUUUAAUCAGGCCACCAGUUCCAGCUACAGGUGUUCCUGUUACUGGCAGCCUUGAUCAGCGACCCAGCAGAAAUGAUGCUUGGAGUGCACGAAUGAGGGAAAAGUAUGGUCUGGAUACGUCCGAGUUCACCUACAACCCUUCGGAGUCAAACAGGUACCAGCAGGCAGCUCCGCAACCAGCAGAAGAAAGCAGCUGUUGCACCAUUAUGUGAUGAUCAUCUGGUUGGUUGGUUGGUUUCCGAAGGAAGGUUAUUGCAUUGUCGAUGGAGUGACAACUUCAUAUUUUUCAGAUGAUGGUCUUAUUUUGUUUUUGCUGAGUUUGUACACAAUCUAUAGGAGCUUUAUGUGUUCCCCACUCAUUCAUUUUUCUAGAGAACAUGUGUGUUUGUUCCCAAACGCAUAACCACCAUUUUGUGUGUAAAAUUUGACUGCUACAUUAGGGUUUGGCAAUGAGUUGAAUCCUGAGCCGAAUGCAACUCUGCCCUUUUACUUAUCUGUUCCUUCUCAUUUUAUGAAUGGCAGUAAGCAGCAAACUUGUUAA